AUGGUUCGUCUUGCGCCAUCGCCAAAGAAACUGUCACCAGCGCGAUUUAUCCUCAACAAAGAUAAACAGCCGGAAAACGCAAUUGAUGACAGCGAAGAAGACCAGCGAAAGCCCGAAAACCGAGUUAAAGCUAGAAAACCCAAAAGCAAUCACAAAGUCGAAGAAUUCGACCCUACACCUUUAGUGCGAAUUGUUGGGUUCACCACGGGAUCGCGCGAGACCCCGUCGUCAUUCUCCAAGUUCAACCGGCAAAAAGCUCCAGCGCAGAGCACGGCAGGGCAGCUCGAGUGGCGACUUUCUACCGCUACAGACUACGACUCUAUGCCAGUCGCGGCCGGCGGCGCAGUUCCCAAGUGUGAAAACCCCGCCGCAGCCAGUUGCAAUUGA